GUCUAUCAUGAACUCAUAAUGACUGCGAAAGAGUAUAUGCAGUGUGUCACUGCUGUCGAUGCUGUUUGGUUGGCCGAACUUGGACCGAUGUUCUAUUCUGUGAAAGAAUCGAGAACGUCUCGCUCCGAAAAACGAAUGGAGAGCGUGAGAACUGCGGAAACCAUGGAGGAAGAGAUGAGAGAAGCACAGCGCGAAAUGCAGCGGCGGAAAGAGGAGUCCGAAAGGGCAUUCAAACGUCCAGAUAGUGUUCGAAUAGUCGAUGUUGGUCGCUCUGUACGCAGUAAACAUUGGGGAAUGUGA